AUGCUGGUUGCCAACCCUCCCGCCACAUCGCCGGUAUGCAGCGUGUUCCGUGUUGUCCAAGCCUGCUCAGCGACGAGCAGUGGCUCUGUCAUCCGGCAGCGGGGUCUCCAGAUUUCGAGGAGUGCUGCCGCCGUGGCGUUCGUUCUCAGCUUCCGGCGUCGACGGGCAAGUGUAGUCCAGCGGCCAGCCCAAGGAGUCCAAGGAGGCAACAGAAGCCAGAGUUCUUCUGCAACUUGUGCCGCUGCUUGCGUGGUGGUGUGUGGCAUUCCUGGUUCCGGCAAGAGCACGCUGUGCCGCUUGCUGUGUGCUGCUUUUGAAGACAGCACGUGGCUAAAUCAGGACCAUUUUCCCUCGGGACCGAGAGCCAAAGUGCAGUUCUUGAGGGGGGUGCAGAAUAGCUUAGAUGCCGCGAUGCGGCCCGGCCGUUCAGCGCUGGUCUGCGUAGACAAGGUGAAUGUUCAGAAGGCGCACAGAGAUGGGUUUUGGCAGCAAGCAGAAGAAGUUGGCUGGAAGGAGAGGGGUGGCAUCACCAUCUUCUGCGAGCUCUCCGAGCUGUCUUCGCCGGAGAAUCUCCUGCGGCACUGCCAGUCUCGCAUCGAACACCGCGGUCCUGCACACAACUCUCUGCACCCGUCACCACAAUUGCCAGUGAUUUUGGACAGACACCUGCAAAGUUGGGAGCCGUUAGAUGAAGAGGAGUUGAGUCGCUUCGAUGCCCAUGUCAAGAUUGAUGUAAGCGUGCAGGCUGUGGAUAAAGCCAUGCAGGUUAUCACAGCACUGCGUCGGCUUGGUUGGUGUCCACGGCUGCGAUCGCUUGCGAGCGCGAGCCCAGCAUCCGAUGAGUGGGUGGCUUUUCCGCGACUCGGCCAACCAACUUACUACUGGAACCGUCGAAGCGGCCAGUCCGUGUGGCAAGUUCCUGAGGCCGUGGAGCCGGCUUGGACUGGAUAUCGGGAUGGAGACCAUGCCUUCUUCAGGUGUGCACACACUUCGGAGACCCUGUGGCAGCUUCCUCCCUUGGUGCAGCGCCGCAAGAUGUAUCAUUUCGCUGUUGAUUUCCGGAAACAGAUUCUGGCAUCAUGCACGGAUCAGGAAGGCUCAGACUCGAAGCAGUUUGCAUUCGACAAGGUCUUUGGACCCGAGGCCACUCAGCAUGAGGUGUACUCGUUCUGUGCCCUGCCGCUGGUGGAUGCUGUCAUCAAUGGGACGAAUGCUUGCAUUUUUGCAUUUGGGUGCACUGGUGCGGGCAAAACGCAUUCCAUGCUUGGGCCAGAGGGUGGACGCAAGCAAGCAAAGCAGGAUGGAAUUCUUCCGAGGGCGGCAGCUGAGCUUUUCAGGCGCAUCGCACGACUUGAGGCGGAGGCCAAAGCUGCAAUCGGAUCCGGCGGGUUUUCUGCAUAUGAAGUGCGGGUGUCCUUCUUAGAAGUUUUUUGCGAGAAUGCGUUUGAUUUGCUGAGUGGACCUGUGUCUGCCUCCAGAGAUGCCUCGGGCUCAUGUCAGCUCCGCGAGACAACUGAUGGGCGAGUUUACGCCGAUGGGGCCAAGGAGGAAAAGAUUCGGUCCUGUGAGCAGCUACUGGAUGUUGUCGCUCAGGGUGCCAAAGCUCGCGCUACCGCAGCAACCGGAGUCCACGCACAUUCAUCGAGGUCUCAUGCCCUCCUUAUCAUGUCCGUUGAGCAUCGCUGGCGAGACGUUGCAGAAACCGAUCCGCAAAAGUACCGUUCGCAGACAGCACGCUUCACUUUGGUGGACCUUGCCGGUGCCGAAUCGAUGGAACGUUCCCAUGGUGGGAGCGUGGAUGCUGCCGGUGUUGGCACGAACAUGGGCUUGCUUGUAUUGGGUCGAGUCAUUCGAGCUCUUGCUGAAGGCUCAGAACGAGUGCCCUACAGAGAUUCGACCCUCACACGACUUAUGCAGAGCAGUUUGGGUGGCAGAGCGGAGACCCAGAUGCUAGCGUGCAUAAGUCCGGCAGAGAUCGAAGCUGCCCUCACCAUGCAAACCCUGAAGUACGCAACCAGUGCUCGGAGCGUGGUGCUGAAGCCGGAAGCUGCCACUGUUACAACAGAGCUUGAAACUGAUCCAAUGCUGACAGAUAUUGAAGAUGAUGACGUCUCUCUGAACCGUCGCUCUAUUUGGAUCGAGACUGCUGACUUCGGCGAUGUGUUUGCGCGCUGCGUGGGAGACCCAGCAGACCCCCUGAUCCUCUAUGUUCACGGGUCGGGGCCAUGCAACAGCUCAAACUUCUGGAGUAAGCUUGUGAUCGAUGUUGCAACUCUGGCCAGUGCAGGCACGGCCGACUGUCCGAGAAGCUACUUCCAUGUCGCCAUUGACUGUCCUGGCUACGGGCGCUCGCCAGGUGAUCGGCAAAGCAUUCGAUCGUAUCCAGGAUCACUCAUCUCCAAUAUUGUUCGAGCAUUGGGCCGCAAGACGGUGGCUUGUCUCGUCGGAUCAAGCCAAGGAGCAUGUGCUGCUUUGAACUGCGCACUGGAGUGUCCUAAACUGAUGCAUACUAUUGCUGUUUGCCACCCUGUCGGGCACGCUCCACAUCGGUAUGGAGCUAUUGCUCAACCUUCCCUUCUGAUUUUCGAUACAGAGGAUGACGGGCAUCCUGUGAGUGUUGGCCGGCAAAUGCGGCGACACCUCCCAAACCCUCGUUACUUUGAGUUUACGCGGUCAAAAGAUGGAGAUUGGGAGUGCCAUCACAUGGGAGAGGAGAUGAUUUCAAUGCUGCGGGAGAGCUACCAAAGCUGGAAGAGUAAAAGGCUCGGCGGGCGCAGAGACAAGGAUCUUCCAGACUUGACGCGCAUUGCAGGCGGCUUCCACAGCUGGAACGGCAGACAUGGUGUCGAGUUUGAGCCCUGGGGUGGCUACGAUGCCGAGGAUGAGCCAGCUGAGGCCAAGACAGAUGUCAGUGAAAACAGCUGGCGAGCCAGGCUUGAUCCCAGUACCAACACGAUUGUCUACGAGAACCUUCUUUCUGGCAGGAUAUCCCGUGUGCGUCCGCCUGGUGCACAAGUUGUGGUAGAGCGCCUGGGCGCGCCUUCGGAGAAGAAGGCUGCCACUGAAGCUCCGGGCACGCUUCCUGAAGUCCGGGCUGAUACUGAAGUUACUGAAGAUCCACCAGCCAGAACCGAUGUCGGCCGGGCACUACUCCCUCUGUUCGAAGGAGCAGACGAAAACGAUGAUGAAGACGAUGAAGAGCGACAAGCACGUGAAGAGAAAGAAGCAGCUGCGAUGCUUGAAAUGGAGGCCUCUCAAAGUCAUUGUGACCUCUGUCGCAAACUGCUGGUGCAGCCCAUCCGCUUGCAAGCUUGUCGCUGUGCGCUGUGCGGAUGCUGUGCUGAGAUUACAGUGCGGUACAUGCGAGAGUGCCCAGCAUGUGGCUUGCCUGUGGACGUGAAGGGUGGCAAGCCGGUGUCAGAUGUGUCACCAGGUCUUCUGGCCAAAGUGGAGGCACUGACCUCCACUGGAAGCCCUGAGAUGGAAGAUCAGCAGCAAUUGCUGCAGCAGCUGACGGACCUCCGACAGAGUGCACAGCGUAUACUUCUCCAGUACGGCAACACAUCCAGCGGGCGUGGAAGCAAGCGUUCAUACACCACUUUUCUGAAGGUUGCUUCGGUAGACGGCAGUGUGCCGAAGGAGGGCUGCGUGGCGAGAGUCGAUUUCAACAUAAACCCUGGCUAUAGCAAGCCGACAUCAACGGCCAAAGAGCCGAGCGACAAGUCCCUGGGCUUCACUUUUGAGUACGCCAUGGCGCGGGCUUACCCGUGCCAUAUGACGGUACACUUCAAGAGCGACCUUGGCUUGCCAAAGCUCGUCAUCGAGCACUACGUCAGGGAUGAGAAGAAGACCAGCAGACGAGUGCUUGUGCAGCUUCCCCAUCCACGCCUGCCUCCAGCGGGUGCUCCAAGAAUAACAGAGAAGGAGGUCGUCUUUGAUGCUGAUCCUCCGCAGAACGCUUGGCUGUGCUUCCAAGCUGGACGAAGUGUGCUGAACACGUCGCCCCAGAAUUUCCUCGGUACCGUGACCGGCGUGGCGGUGCCAGAGGGUGCCGCGGUGCGUUCCCGAAGUCGGACGUCCAGCAAGGCUAGCGGAGGCAGUGAGGCCCGCGGUGAUGCAAGGCUCCACGCGUAUCUGCAGAAGGCGAUAGCGUCGUGCCAGCUGUAUUACAACUUGCAGCUUAUCACCUGCAAGGUGGGACACCCUGCGGCAGAGGAGCUGUCGGACGUGAUAGUGGCGACUGUCUCCGAAGAGCUUGCGAGGCUGGAUAUGCGGCGUGUGUCCUUCUACAUUACCGCUUUUGCCAAGUACAACAUUGAGGAGUUGGAAUCUCUGACAUUGGCAGCUUGA